AUGCCACGUCACCUAUGGAAUAUUUUUCACGUUUCAACAAGAGACCGCACCCCUGAAAACCUCACUCCUUCCUCGGCGGUCGACGCGGCCGCGGCGAUCUCUUCCCUGCGCGAUGUUGCGGCGGUCGUCGGCCGCUUCCCGUGGCUUACGGCGCCGCAUCUCCACAGGAUUGUGCCGUCUCCUCUAACCAUAGCGCCGGCAGGGCCACAGCAAGAGCCAUGUACUCGAUUGGUUCAGGAGUGCUGUUCGAUUCGUAUCACACUACAUAUGGAACAAAAUGUAUCCACAGUUGAGUCUAGUGAUGAAGAGCUUAUUAAUGACCAAGAUACAGAGAAUCUGGAACAAAUAGUUGGUUUUGAAACAGUAAAAGCACCUGAGCCUGGAAUGACUUUUAAUUCCUUGGAUGCUCUUGUUGAAUAUUAUAAAAGAUAUGGAAAGCAGGAAGGUUUUCGUGUUAGUAGAAAAUCAAGAACAAUCUCAAGCUCGGGAAAAAUAGAACAUGUUACUAUCGCAUGCUCCCGUGAGGGGAAGCCUUAUGUAUACAAAAGAAACAUCUUACAACCAAAGGCAACAACAAAAACUGGUUGCAAGGCUCGAGUUAAUGCUACUCUUUUUGAAAAUGGGAGCUGCAGAGUUAAUUCAGUUAGGCUUGAGCACAGCCACCCUCUAGUUCCAAGGAAAUCACGCUUCUGCAUGUGCAACAGGGAUUUGCCGAUUGGUGCACAUAGAAAAUUAGAAUUGAAUGAUAUCAAUGGGAAUGCAGCAAAUAAGAAUAACAAAUUUUGUUCUGUUCAAGCAGAGAAUUAUGAGAAUGUAUCACCUCUGGAAAAAGAUCUCACAACUUCUGCUGACAAAACAAGGCAGUUUUGGCUAGGCAUAAGAGAUGCCGAGGCAAUUUUUGAUUACUUCAUCCGCAUGAAAGCCAAGAAUGCUAGCUUUUUCUAUGCAAUAGAUGUUGAUGAAGAAUCCAGAAUUAGAAAUAUAUUUUGGGCAGAUGCAAGGAGUAGGAUAGCGUAUGAAGAGUUCGGUGACGUUGUUGCAAUAGAUACUACAUAUCUGACAAACAAAUAUGAUAUGCCUUUUGUUUCUUUUGUAGGAGUCAACCACCAUGGUCAAUCAAUUCUGUUUGGAUGUGGCUUGCUGUCAAAUGAAGACUCUGUAACAUUUACAUGGUUGUUUAGAGCUUUACUUUCAUGCAUGUCCCUAAAGGCUCCAAAUGCUAUCAUCACAGAUCAAGACAAGGUAAUGCAAAAGGCUAUUGAGAUUGUAUUCCCCGGCACUCAUUACCGUUGGUGUUUGUGGCACAUAAUGAAGAAGCUACCAGAAAAGUUGAAGGGUUAUAAGUCGUAUGAAGAAAUGAAAAAGAUUAUGCAAAAUGCAGUGUAUGAUUCUUUCACAAAGGAAGAAUUUGAAGAAAGUUGGAGUAAAUUCAUUGAGAGAUUUAAUUUAUAUGAUAAUGCUUGGUUGAAAGGUUUAUAUGAAGAGCGGCAUAUUUGGGUCCCUGUCUUUGUGAAAGAUACUUUCUGGGCCGGGAUGUCAACAACACAACGGAAUCAAAAGAUAAGUCCCUUCUUCGAUGGGAUUGUAUACUCCAAUACAACAAUGAGGCAGUUCAUUGAACAGUAUGAUAUUGUAUUGGAGACUAAAGUUGAAAAAGAAGACCAAGUAGACCUUCAGACUUUCAACUCGUGGGUCCCCUGCAUAACCCAUUUUGAUCUAGAGAAACAAUUUCAACAGCUCUAUACCAUUGAUAAAUUCAAAGAAUUUCAACAAGAGUUGGUUGCGAAGCUUUAUUGCGAAGUCUUGUUGGCAGAUGGGACAGAUGGUGCAUCUGAGUAUGAUGUGUCUGAGGAUGUCGUUGUUGGGGAUAAUGAGGAUCAACACCGUAGGAUGGUGCAUUACAAAGUACACUUCAAUGAUGGGGAUUGUGAAGUUCAAUGUACUUGUCGUGCAUUUGAAUUUAGGGGAAUUAUAUGCAGACAUAUCAUAUCAGCCCUUGUGAAAAAGCAAAUUCCCAAUGUUCCAGCCAAAUACAUCCUACCACGAUGGAGAAAGGAUAUGAAAAGGCGACACAUGAAGGUGAAAGCUGGUUAUUGCGGUUGGAGCAAUAAUCCAAAGGCACAGCGGUAUGAUUACCUAUACAAGAAGUUUGAGGAGGCAGCAGACAUGGCAGUCGAGACUGACGAAUACUGUGAGAUGUUAUGGAGUGAUAUUAAUGAUUACCAGAAAAGGAUUAAUAGAAGCAAUGAAGAUGACAAAGGUUGUGCACUCUCUUCUGGUAAUCUGACCAUGGAAAAUAGAUUGCUUAAUCGUCUCGCUCUCCGUAAGCAAGGGCAUCCAACAAAAAUAAAGUUAUCCAAGGUCAACCAUACUAAAAAGAAACAAUCGCAACACAAAAAGAAGGAUCAAAGUAGCGGCAGAAGGCAUGACCAACAGAUACCACAACAAACCGUUGGCAAUGGCAUUUAUGGAUGCAAUAUUGUAGGGACAAGUCCACAAGGCUUAACAGGGGUUGGAACACAAGAAAGCAUUUUCCAGGCAAAUGCAAAUUAUUGUCAAUACUCUAGUCAAGUUUUAAAUUUGCAAAAUGUGAGCACCAACCCUCCACUUGUAGCACCAGUUGAAGGCACAGCAGAAAUACGAAGCCAGUUUUGGAACCCGCACGGGUUGGCUGAUUAUCCGAUGCGUGAAUACAGCGAUGCUAAAUGAUGUUUGAGAACCAGAACUCUGCAAAAUUCUGGAUUUGUAGUCAAAAGUUGUGCUGUUGCAAGAUCACUGAUUUUUUGAAAAAGAUUCCUCGACACUAGCUGCAUAUCAAUUCAUGUUCUUAAUUGGUCGAUCCUCCCACUUUCAUCGACUCAAAAGAAAAUCUAAAAUCUAUAUUUAAGAGGGUUCUUAUUUUGAGGUUUCUUUUUUUUGCACAGCAUAACUAAAGAAGUGUAAGAGCCAUCUGUAUCUGGAUUCAUUGUUCAGUGUAAAUUAAUGUAAAAUGAGGAUAUUGCUUAGAUACCCUCAAAUUGUUGUUUACUACAUCAAAGACAGAGUUAAUAUUUUUUAGAAGAAGAGUUUUUGCACAAAUUUGGAUUA